AUGGCGAAGUCAAAGGACCAAGUUGCUAUUCCUGGCACUGUCCGCCUCGUUGAUAUGCCGGGGCAACAUUCAUCGCGGAAAUCAAAAGGCGGCAUAGAGCUCAUUCCUCGACCAAGUGAUGACCCCGAGGAUCCACUGAACUGGAAUCCGCGACGAAAGAAGCUAUCUGUACUUAUGGUGCUCGUCUACACUCUUGGAGUUGGCCUGCCAGGCACGCUCCAAUAUUCCGUGCUGGCUGACAUCACCAAAGAUACCGGCAUCUCUACCGCAGCGCUGGUCCAAGGCACCGGUGUGAUGUUUCUAUUUCUUGGCUGGGGCUGUCUGAUUUGGCAGCCGAUUGCAUUGACGUAUGGCCGUCGCUGUGUAUACCUCAUUUCUACCUUGGUGGCAGUCCCCCUCAUGGUAUGGACUGCUUACUCGCGCUCGGCAGGCGAAUGGUACGCCCACCGGACCUUACUUGGUAUUUUUGUCGCGCCCAUCGAGUCCCUCCCUGAAGUGAGCAUCCCGGACGUGUUUUUCGCCCAUGAGCGUGGCUCAUGGAUGGCUCUUUAUGUCUUCGUUCUAUUCGGCUCCAAUUUCCUGGCUCCUCUUGUCGCGGGAUGGUUUGCUGAAGCGUUUGGCUGGAGGUGGACCAUGCACUUUGGCGCUAUGGUCGCUGCCGUCUCUUUUGUUAUAUUGUUCUUUUUUAUGGAGGAGACGAUGUACGUUCGGCAGACUCUUGAGGGGUUGGAGGAAGACAAUACGGGUGUAACAACCAAUGACACGCCACAGGACGGUUCUGUGGACUCAGAAGAGAAGACAUCUGGACAAGGCGAUAAGAAUGGCGCUGACACCGCCAACGUGCACAAUGGAUCUAUUUUCGCACCCCCGAAAACGUUUGCACAAAAGCUGGCGCCAUUUACGAGGCCGUCUAGCCAACGUGCCAACAUCCGAAUGUUCAAAGCCAUGUUCACCCCCCUUGUCUACGUUGUGCAGUUCCCCUCGGUUGCAUGGUCAGGCUUCAUUUACGGCAUCAACCUAUCCUGGUACAAUGUGCUCAAUGGGACUGCUAGCCCGGUGUUAAGUGCAGACCCGUACAAUUGGUCAACCGGCUUGGUUGGAUGUAUCUACACCGGGCCAAUUAUAGGUGCUGCCAUUGGAACACUAUGGUCUGGCAUUGUUGCUGACCGGUUUACGCUUUAUCUUGCCAAGCGAAAUAAUGGAAUCCGCGAACCUGAGCAACGUCUGUGGCCCCUGGCGUUAUCUGCAGUUAUGUCGUGCGUAGGACUCAUCACCUGGGGUGUUGGGGCGGCACAUGACAUUCACUGGGCGGGACUGGCGAUUGGUCUCGGCAUACUGACAUUCGGCUGUGUCACUGGUGGUUCAGUUGCGCUGUCAUAUAAUAUUGACUGCUUCAAAGACAUUAGCGGAGAGACGACCACGUCUAUCAUCAUCAUUAGGAACACCUUGGGCUUUGCCAUCUCUUACGGGAUUACGCCGUGGUAUACUAAUAUGGGCUUGCAAAAUUGCUUCAUCAUGGCGGGGUUUCUCGCUUUGGGAUGCACAUCUACUUUCUUAGUGAUGAUUUGGAAAGGAAAGGCACUGAGGAAAUGGUCGGCUAGGAGAUAUUGGAAGUAUGCGGAAGAUAGCUUCGGCCAUUCCUAA